AUGGCAGUUCAAUCUACUCUUCGGCGACCGGAAGACCCGCUGGUCAUAUUAUUUCGGCAUUAUUCCCAACUACUUCUCUCCCGCGUCCGAAAUUCGUCAAGGACUGUAAAGCUAGCUGCGACCGUCGCCUUACUUCUGUCUAUUAUUGGAACAGGUUAUGGAGGAUAUAGCUGGUGGAAGGAUUGGUCAAAGGAAAGGAUACAAGGGAGGCAGCUGUUGCGCAAGAAUUCCGGAUUACGAGGCAAAGAUGGCUCAAGGAUUAUAUAUGUUCCUUACAAGUCGAGCCUUACCUCCUCCAGUACCUCCAAAGUCACCAUUCACCCUACAAAAUCAACGACAUUUGAUGCCCACAGACGACUAUUUUUGAACCCACCAAGAGCAGCUGGGCUACGGGACGGAUAUGGAGGGGCACCACCGCCAUCCACCAAGCCUGGUUUGAAUUUAGCCUUUUUGCACCAACUGCUCAGCUUAUUGAGCAUCAUGAUUCCCCGAUGGAACAGCAAGGAAACAGGCCUACUUCUGAGCCAUGGUGUCUUUCUCAUGCUAAGAACAUACCUAUCUCUGGUGGUGGCUAGGCUGGAUGGUGAGAUUGUACGGGAUCUGGUGGCCGGGAAAGGAAGAGCUUUCAUUUGGGGCAUCAUAAAGUGGUGCAGCAUCGGCACUUUCGCUUCAUACACAAACGCUAUGAUCAAAUUUCUAAAAUCGAAGGUUUCUAUCGCUUUCCGAACACGACUUACUCGCUAUGUACACGACCUUUAUUUGAACGACAACAUGAAUUACUACAAGUUGGGCAAUCUUGAUGGAGCUAUUGGCCAAGGAGUUGAUCAGUUUAUUACCCAGGAUCUCACCCUUUUCUGCAGCGCUGUUGCAUCGUUAUAUUCUUCACUUGGAAAACCCCUGGUCGACCUUAUCGUUUUCAACUACCAGCUUUAUCGUUCGUUGGGUCCACUGGCUCUAACUGGUAUACUAAGCGGGUAUAUUGGCACUGCAUCACUUCUCCGUGGCCAUUCCCCUCCAUUCGGGAAACUCAAGGCAGUGGAAGGGAAGAAGGAAGGCGAUUUCCGCAGCCUACAUUCCAGGCUAUUGGCGAAUGCCGAAGAGAUCGCGUUCUAUGGAGGUGCUGAUAUCGAGCGGGUAUUCCUUUCGAAGAGCUUUGCCAAUCUUCAACGAUGGAUGGAAGGUAUAUAUAAGUUGAAGAUACGAUAUAACAUGUUCGAAGACAUGUUAUUGAAGUAUUCGUGGUCAGCUUUUGGGUAUUUAAUCACAUCACUACCAAUUUUCCUUCCAGCAUGGGGUGGAGCUGGCGGAAUUCUCGAGAUGGCUACCCCUGGAGCGGGUAUCAACCGAGAACGGGGCCGUAUGAAGGAGUUCAUAACAAAUAAACGACUAAUGUUGUCUUUGGCUGAUGCGGGUGGCCGUAUGAUGUAUAGCAUCAAGGAUUUAUCGGAGCUCGCUGGAUAUACCUCGCGCGUAUACACAUUGAUAUCGACCCUUCAUCGUGUUCAUGCCAACUCAUACCACCAGCCCCGUGGGAGCCAAAUAGAACUUUACUCACUCUCUGAUGUCCAAGGAACAAUUCACAGUGGGUUCGAUGGGGUGCGCCUAGAGAAUGUUCCCAUUGUUGCACCUGGAUUGUUCCCGCAAGGCGGAGAUGAACUUAUCGAAUCCUUGUCUUUUAUUGUCCACUCAGGCGAACACCUGCUCAUAUCUGGGCCGAACGGGGCUGGUAAAUCUGCUAUUGCUCGGAUCAUUGCUGGACUAUGGCCUGUGUACAGGGGACUUGUAAGCCGACCAAGAAAUUUAGGGCAAGACGGCAUCAUGUUCCUGCCUCAGCGACCUUAUUUGAGCACUGGGACACUACGUGAUCAAGUUAUUUAUCCUCACAAUGAACUUGACAUGCGAGAGAGCGGGCGCACUGAUAACCACCUAAUGGAGAUCCUUGAGGCAGUUCAUCUGGGCUACCUCCCAGCUCGUGAAGGAGGUUGGAACGGGCGCAAGGAAUGGAAAGAUGUUUUGAGUGGCGGAGAAAAGCAGCGUAUGGCCAUAGCGCGGUUAUUCUACCAUGACCCUCGCUAUGUAUUCCUGGAUGAGGCAACCUCCGCAGUGUCUUCUGAUGUGGAGGGCUUACUGUACGAGCGUGCAAAGGAGCGAGGCAUUACACUGAUCACGAUCUCGACCCGGGCUUCCCUAAAGAAGUACCACACUUUCAACCUUUCUGUGGGUCUUGGAGCUGAUGGAAUGAGCUGGGAGAUUGAUCGCAUUGGAACAGAGAAGGAGAAGAUGGGUGUUGAGAAAGAACUACAAGAGCUUAGGCGACAGCUGGAUAAUGUUGACUCUCUCAAGGCUCGCCGGCAAGAGAUCGAAGAUGAACUGCAGAGGGUGUGGGAGGGUGAACAGGAGACUACCGGGCUUACUUCAGCAGCCUAA